AUGGCUGAUAGUAAACAGUCUUCACCUGGAAAUGAAGAUGUGAACAGCUCAACAGUAAACCAAUUAAAUGUUAUUAAAAGUAACAGCAGAGUAAUUACAGGAUUCAUCACAAGAUACAUUCUAAACACCACGACUGUAAUUAAUGAGGAAAGACCGAAACGAGAAUCAUUUGGAGAAAAAGACAAAAGUAAACCUCACAAAACUAUAUUACUGGUUGGAGAAACAGGAACAGGAAAAUCAACUGUCAUCAAUGCCAUGGUCAGCUACAUGCUGGGGGUCAAAUGUAAUGACAAAAUUUGGUGUGAGAUUAUCGAGACAAAAGGAAACCAAACAGAUUCUCAGACAAAUGCAGUUACAGUUCAUGAUGUGUUUAGUGAGGCAAGUCCGAUCUCUCUUACCAUCAUUGAUACUCCUGGAUUUGGAAGCACAAAGGGAAAAGAAGAAGAUUUAAAAACUGCAGAAACCUUACAGAUGCUGUGUCAAUCAGAAAUCAGUGAAAUCAAUGCACUGUGUCUGGUUGUAUCAUCACAUGCUGCACGGCUCACUAAAACACAGCUGUAUAUUUUUAAUGUGUUUUUAACAGUUUUCGGUAAUGAUGUUGAAAAAAACAUUGUUGUGUUUGUAACACAUGCCCCAAGAAAACCCUGGAAUACCAUUAAUGCCAUUAAGGAGUCAAAAGUACCAUGUGCAAAGAAAGAUAAUGGAGAUCCUGUUUAUUUCAGGUUUGACAACUUUCAUUACAUGUAA